CACUCCCUCCGCUGACCUGCUCUGUGCGGCAUUUCAGGAGAAGAUGAAAAGCAAAACGACAGGAUAAAAGUUCUUUUUCAUGGAAAGAAACGCUCCAAAUACAGGAUCAUGGGGUAUGGGCAAAUCCUCCACCGGCGAGGGGAUGAGGAGGACCAGGUCCACCUCAAUGUGGGAGGGGUACGGCAUGAACUGGAUCCUGAUAUGGUGCUCCGCUUUCCUCACACGCGUUUGGCUCGUCUGCUGUGCUGCCAGAGCGAGGCGGCAAUCCUGGAGCUGUGUGACGACUACAGCCCGGCUGAGAAGGAGUACUACUUUGACAGGAAUCCUCGGGUUUUCCUCUGCGUGCUUAACUUUUACCACACGGGACAAAUCCACAUGAUGGAAGAGUUGUGCGUUUUUUCUUUCUGCCAAGAGAUUGAGUACUGGGGUAUCAAGGAGCUCCACCUCAGCCCCUGCUGCAGCAACUGGUACCACGAGAGGAAGGAGUACAUCGAGGACAGAGACUGGGACGUCAGGAGCGAAGACCAGCAGGAGCCGAGCUUCGACUCCUCGUUUGAGGAGCUCUCUGCUCUCGAUAAAGACCUCGCCAAGUUUAAAGGUGCCUGGUGUGCAGAAAUUCGCAGCUACGUGUGGCUCAGACUGGAGGAUCCGGGUCACUCGAGAGCCUCGAAGAUCAUUGCUGUGGCUUCCCUCAGCGUGGUGUUGACCUCCAUCGUUGCCAUGUGUGUUCACAGCAUGCCAGAGUUUCAGCGUGUGGAUGACAGUGACAGGCCCAUCGAGGACCCCGUGCUCACUAGACUGGAGGCGGUUUGCAUCGUCUGCUUCUCCGCAGAGUUCAUAAUCAGGUUAAUCGUCGCGCCCUCCCGACGGAAGUUUCUCGGAAACCCCUUGAACAUAAUCGACGCCGCUUCGAUUUUGCCAUUUUAUGCCACCUUAGCUCUGGAGACCGCCGACGAGGAUAGCGCAGAGGAGAACGAGGACCUAGAAAACGUGGGGAAAGUGGUGCAGGUUCUGCGCCUCAUGAGGGUUCUCAGAAUCCUCAAACUGGCUCGCCACUCCAUCGGACUGCGAGCGCUGGGGGCCACCGUCCGCCACAGCUACCAGGAGGUGGGCCUGCUCCUUCUCUUCCUCUCAGUGGGAAUCUCCAUCUUUUCUGCUCUCAUCUACUUCGCGGAGAAGGAAGAGGACACCGAUUUGGGGACAAUACCUUCAGGUUGGUGGUGGGCCACAAUCACCAUGACCACAGUCGGCUACGGGGACACCUGCCCCGUGACCGUGGCGGGGAAGAUUGUGGCCACCGUGUGUAUCAUCUGUGGCCUGCUAGUGGUGGCUCUUCCCAUCACCAUCAUCUUUAACAAGUUUUCAAAGUACUAUCAAAGAAACAAAGCCAUGGAGGGACAGUGCAUCACCAAGCCCGAAAGACAAGACCCAGAACUCCCUCAUUACAACAUCAGAGAACUGUUAACGGGAAGCGUGUACCCCUUUAUAGGAAGCAUUGCCUUUAGGAACAGUGGGAGCAGCGGAGGGGACGAUACGGACGCCUCCAGUCUCCAGGACAUCGAGGUGUACGAUAAUGACGCUUGUGAAAAUGGAGCAGCCAAAUGAGAUUCCUGCCAUUUCACCGAGCAUCACUCCCUUUAUGACUGCGAUUCAGUCUCUGCCUCUCGGGGCAGAGUGCUCCAUCACUGACCCUGCCUUCCUACAUUGUCUUCCCCCUGCAAUUUGACAGAGAAAUAUUGUGGCCAUGAAGUUUUUUCCCUCCUCUAUCUCUCUCUCUUUCUCUCGCUCUCUGUCUACAGGGGGAAUAGCUGUGGCUGAAAUAUACAGCGUCGCUAAAACCGGGAAAUCUAAAGGGAAUUAUCUGAACCUUGCUCAGAGGUUUGAAAGCCCAUUUUCUGCUUGAGAAAACUGCAAUGAUGCAUGUAGGAGGCCAUAAUGUUAAUGUUUUUCAAAGUAAUGUCCUUUAUUGAUUUCCUGCUUGCUGAAAAGUUCAGACAGAGAGUUUGCCAAAUGCAAAAGUCUAGGAUGACAACAGCACAGUUUGAUGUUUAAAAAUGGCAUUAUAGAUCUCAACGUUGGCUGCAUGACCAAAAAUAAGUGCAUUUUGAAAGAGAGUAAUAAAAAUAGUAGAAUUAGGCACAAAAAUUGAUGAAGAGAGGUGUCACAUUCCUCUCAGAGCACUGUGGAAGUCGCUGAUGUGCCGGGUUUUUAUUUCGUUUUUGUUCCUUUUGGACAGUUCUGGCAUCUCGGGGAAAGGGGAACUCAUGUGGACAUGAAAUAAAACUCACAAGACAGGUGCUGCUCAUUUGUGCCUGUUCAGAUAAGCUUAAGAUUCAGGCGUUUGCAUUUAUUUCUUCUCGCGAGUUUAAACUCACAUCAGGUAAUCGAUGUGCCGAAUGUACUUUUUGAGGAGUGCAACACUUUGAAAAUGCAAAGAAACCUUCUUUUUUGUGGUAUUCUUCAGCCUUAUCUCUCCCUGAAUGUAUUGAUCUCCUGUCCCCUGUUAUAAUUUCUGCUUGGAUGGACGCUGCCCUACCAAACUUUUCUCUGCAGGCGUCUAAAGGUGCUCAUGCAGCUGACCGGAAACAAUUCAAACAUGAAUUUGAUGGCGGUUGAGGAAAAAACAUUUAAAAGCACCUUAAAAGGCUGCACAAGAAGCCGGUUUCUGUUCAAACACACAGACUAACUGAGGCUUAACCUGAACAGAUAAACGCCAUUACCGUCUGAUUAUUCCUUAGAAGUAACAAAUGAGUUUCGAUCACUUGGUUUCAUGUAUCAGGUGUGCUCAGUAACCAGAUUAGCAUAUUGCUUAUUCCACACUUUGGGUUUAUUGCCUUUGUCAGUUGCAUUUUAUUGUAAUGACAGAACUGGCGCAGACACCUACUGAUUAUCAAUAAAUUUACAUGCACAAGUGAAGAGCACAGUUGAUGGCAUACAGUACGUGACGGUGAUUUUGCAGGCAUGCAUGCAGUGUGCAUCUUUCCAGAGGCACGACUGUCCGUAUUUGUCAGGAUAUCUUUCUAAAAAACAAACAAAAAAAAUAAAACAUGUGAGGAGUCACCACAUGAAUAAAGGGAAAUA